AUCGAUUAAUAGGUAAGGUCUUUUACCGAAAUACUCCCGACACUUAUACCAAGAAAUGAUGAGACUCUACCUUAUCCUGGUUUUCGUAAGCCAGACAUGUGGGGACAUCUACCUCCACAACAUGAGGGGCUCCAACAACAGACUCGGGGAAAAGUCUGCCACAAGAACAAAUGACAAACGAAUGUUUGAUUCCCAGAACAACAACCGCGGUGGCUACAAUGUUGGGGAUGCCACAGACGCACCCUAUGGCACUGAUGAAGGAAAACAGUACCGCAUGAAAUAUUUUCAAAGUGGCCCUGUGAAGACAUUGCAGAACGGCGCUGGCGAGAGUAGACUCGUGCUGGAAUGGACCAAUCAGCAUGGGUGUGGGGGGAACGAGGAUGAUAGUCCCCAGAAGCAGAACUGUGCCCUGAUACUCCAGUACCUGUGUCAGGAUGAUGUUGACACACCCACAGGUUCUGCAGACACACUGAGGAACGGUGUUAAAACCCAGACUCAAGACUACAAGAAGCCUGACAGUUUGACAGAGUCCAAGUCCGACAGCCAGACCAGGAAGGAUAAUGCUGUCAAAUCUGACCGAGGUCUUCACGAAUCCUGGGCCUGGUAUGACAAGUGUUAUCUUCGGGAACGGAAUCCAGGUCUGUUUACUGCUGACCAGAAGCUCAAGACCAACAAUGGCCUUGGCUACAGCAGUGCCACCUACACUCGCCAGAACCCUCAGGGAGGUCGCUAUGGUUACGAGUGUCCUGAAGAAAGAGAUUAUUUCCCAUACUGGCAUCCCACUCCCUGGAAGGAUAUUGCUGUCAUGGCGGAGAAUGCGUCCAUGUGCAGCUAUUACCAGACUCUCAGCUUCAACGUUCAGCCCAAGUCGGAGUGUGUCGAGACGUACCCUGACAACACAAGGUGGCACUUCUCUCGCUGGAACAAUCAGGCCGAAUGUGAGGCAAAUGGUGGACAGUGGGUGGAGCUACACAACUACCUGGAGAAGGCCCCACAAUUCACCAGCGAGUCUGCAUGUCGGAAUGCUCGGUCAGCAGGACUGACAUACAUCUGGGCAGUUCCGUAUGAUGCAGAGGUGGUUACUGUGAAACAGUGUCUUGUUCAGCUGAGUCGGCCGGACUGUUCAGAAGCCCCCUGGUCCAGGUCAAAUCACCUUGGUAACGGUGUUGAUGGAGAGCCACUAAACUACACAUGGGUGUUGCCACACUUCCCUUCUGGCAAAACAAAACGCUGUGUGUUUAGAAUCAGAUACAACAUUUCUACCGAUGAUUAUGAUCCCUAUCACACAGACUCCAAGUACAACGGAAAUAUGUCGCCUGUUAAAGGAAAUCCUUACGUAGAUAUAGGUGUUGGUCGCUCCCCACUCCGACUGAACAUCAACACCAACCAAUACGGCCGGAUCUUCCAGGACCGAAGUCACGUGUUCCUCCUCCGACCACGCCCAGCAGGGAUGCAGAACGACAUCAUACAUAACCUGAAUGUGCAUGGCAAGAGCGGCAACAUAGUGCAGGUGUAUCCGGCGGUUGAGUACGACUUUGUGCCCAACAACCUCCGCAUGAAGGCAGGAGAGCUCGUACACAUACAGUGGACAGGAUCCAACACACAUAAAAAUGGACCGAAUGGUGGCGAUGGACAGACAGGAGACGAUGGUGAGGGAAAAACAGCCACAGACAGGAACAACUUGGUGGAGAUCUUUGACAGAAAUGACAACUUCCCUAUCCCCUUUGAGAAGACCACCAUGUGGACAGGGGCGGAUAUCAAGUGGAUCUACCACGGGAAGACAUCGGUGUCGUCCAAGAACCUGGCGGUCAAUAUGGCCUCCUCCGGAUACUACAGGUGUAUCAAGACAGCUGAUUGUUCGGAAGCUGCCCACCGAGACUACACUGUUGAGAGCCGCGACAAGCUACAUAACCAGCUGGACAAUGCACCAGCCUCCUACGAAGGAGCUGUUGUGAAGUUCAGACAAGGCACAUACCAUUACAUGUGUACACGGAACAACAACUUCACAAACAGGAGCCAGAAAGGCACCAUCAUUGUAUCAUAGAGGCAGCUUUAUCAAUCUUCGUCCUUCACAAGCAUUAUCGGAGAUAUUAUGGUUUGCUGUAUCAUAUUUACUCACAGUGCAUCUUCUUGAGGCAGGGGACUUAACUGACCAUAAAAUGCAGUUCCAUCUUGACUACUAAACAAGACUGGAAUUUCCUGGUCUAAAGCGUUCGCUCUUCACGCCAAAGACCCGGGUUCAAUUCCCCACAUGGGUACAAUGUGUGAAGCCCAUUUCUGGUGGCCCCCACCAUGAUAUUGCUGAAAUAAGCUAAGAGCGGCGUAAAACUAAACUCACUCACUCACUUUUGUUUUUUAUUUGGGGAGGGGGACUGUGGGGUUGUGCAGAAGUGUAAGACAGUUAUUGGUACUUUUUAAACACAAUCAUAAGAAAGAUUUUUUACCACAAUUUUUCUUUUGUUGUGGAAUAAUUCUCAUGUUUUGAUCCAUGUUUGAGUCAUGCUGUCCAUCUUGUUCUUUUGAUCGUUUGAGAUUGUUCUCCACAUCUAUGUAUUUACAUAUAUAAGUACUGAGCACCAUAUCCAACAUUAUAAUUACCUAGCUACUUCAGGGUUUCGAUAAGUCACAGCUUCUUGAAUAUACCAUUCAACAUUUGCCAAGGAACUAUAUUGUCAUAUUUAUCAAAGAUGUGGUCCUUAGCAAAUAUUGAACAGUAUGCUUGCAUCCUUAUUUUGAAGUAUGUUCAACUUCUGAGGAUUUGUGAUGAAAUACAUCACAGAUAUGUCUGGAGAUGAAAUCUGUGUCUUAACAUAUUAUGUACAACUGAAGUUGUUGUUUUU